AGAGCAGCAAAACGAUUCUAGAGAGAGAAAGAUUCUCAUAACCGUCCGAUCGAGACCUCUCUCCCCACCACCAAGACCCAACUUUUGAACCUUUCAAUAUCAUUUUCGUCUUCGUCUCCGGCGAUACGCACACACACAUAUACACACACUGGUUCUAUAUUGUUUUGGAGAGAGAAAAUGGGAGUCGAUUACUACAACAUAUUGAAAGUGAACCGAAACGCGAGCGAAGAAGAUCUGAAGAAAGCUUACCGGAGGCUAGCAAUGAUAUGGCACCCGGACAAAAACCCAAGCGGCAAGAGAGAGGCCGAGGCCAAAUUCAAGCAGAUUUCCGAGGCUUACGACGUGCUCAGUGACCCUCAGAAGCGUCAGAUCUACGAUCUCUACGGCGAGGAAGCCCUAAAGUCCGGCCAAUUCCCACCGCAGCAACCUCGCGGUGGGACCUACACUCCCAAUCGGACUUCGCAUUUGAACCCUUCGUUUCGGAACGCUGAGGAUAUAUAUGCGGAGAUGUUCGAUGGAUCGGAGGGGAAUAGUGGAGGGAGGGGUGGUAGAGGGGGGGUUAGGGACGGGUUUUUCAGGAGUACAACUGGGCAUUUUGGGAAUUCCUCUUCUACGGCAAGGAAGGCGGAGGCGGUGGAGAAUUUGUUGCCGUGUAGCUUGGAGGAGUUGUACAAGGGAACAAAGAAGAAGAUGAAGAUUUCCAGGUCCAUUGUCGAUCCUUCCGGUAAGCCUCGAACGGUGGAAGAGAUUCUGACCAUUGAGAUAAAGCCUGGUUGGAAGAAGGGCACAAAGAUCACUUUCCCUGAAAAGGGAAACCAAGAGCCUGGGGUUAUACCGGCAGAUCUUAUAUUUGUUGUAGAUGAGAAACCUCAUGCUGUUUAUACGAGGGAUGGUAAUGAUCUAGUGGUGAAUCAGGAGAUCUCUCUCCUGGAUGCCCUUGCAGGAAUGACACUCGAGCUGACAACGCUGGAUGGACGGAAUCUCAUGAUACCAUUGACAGAGAUUGUCAAACCAGGCAAUGAGGUAGUUGUCCCUAACGAAGGAAUGCCUAUUUCAAAGGAACCUAGAAAGAAGGGGAAUCUCAAGGUCAAGUUUGAUGUUAACUACCCAUCAAGGCUUACUGCAGAACAGAAAUCUGAACUGAGAAGAGUUCUGGGAGGAAGCUCAUGAAAUCUCUUACUUAAAAUGUCCAGGAGGCGAGUAUAGAGUAACACAGAUAAUUCAACUGCUGUCGGAUGUAAAUAUAGUACAUGUAUGCAAUUGAUGAAUGUGAAUACCAAGAAGAAAAUCCAAAAAGUUGGAGGGUGAGUGGAAAUGUUGUGAAGUCCUUGCAGUGUGGUGGUUGAAGUUGUUAUUAGUGUUGGAUUUUUCCAAUAACAAAAAAGAACGUCAGAGUCUAGUGGGAGGAAAUAGAAAGGUCAACUGUCUUUGAUUGGAACUCUUGUAUAUUUUGAAGUCAUAUUUUUUGUUUUACCACCCAUUGUUUAGUAUCCAUCUCACUUUGGUAUUUACACCAUACGGUCCAUAUCAUCAAAUGUAAUGCUUGAUUUAUCAUUCUACUUGAGCUUUUACUUCAUAU